GACAGGAGGAGAGGAGGCUAGGCACUCGAAGAGGCGGACGGAGCAUGCGCCGGCGAAGCCCACUGACUACAGCGCCUCAGCCAAGAUAUUUUUGAUGGCAUGACAAAUCAGCAGGAAGACAUGAGGAUGUACUAUGUAUCUAGACACCCGAUCAAUUCUGCUUAUGGAAUACAUUUUCUGUAAGAUGUAUGGAUCUAUUUUUCCCUUGUUCAUAUAUAUAGAUCAUGAGACUUGACUGAGGCAAUAUUCAUAGCAUCCAUCCAUCUAUGGCGAACUACAGCCAUGCAGCUGACAACAUUUUACAAAAUCUAUCCCCUUUAACAGCAUUUUUGAAACUGACUUCACUGGGUUUCAUCAUAGGAGUCAGUGUGGUGGGAAACCUGCUGAUCUCCAUUUUGCUAGUCAAAGAUAAGACCUUGCAUAGAGCGCCCUACUACUUCCUGUUGGAUCUGUGCUGCUCAGACAUCCUCCGAUCUGCGAUUUGUUUCCCAUUUGUUUUCACAUCAGUGAAAAACGGCUCUUCUUGGACGUACGGGACUCUCACUUGUAAAGUGAUUGCCUUCUUGGGGGUCUUAUCCUGUUUCCACACCGCUUUCAUGCUGUUCUGCAUAAGUGUGACCAGAUACUUAGCAAUUGCCCACCACCGCUUUUAUACAAAAAGGCUGACUUUUUGGACUUGCUUGGCAGUUAUCUGUAUGGUGUGGACCUUAUCCGUAGCGAUGGCUUUCCCUCCCGUUUUGGAUGUGGGCACCUACUCGUUCAUUCGGGAGGAAGACCAAUGCACCUUUCAGCAUCGUUCCUUCAGAGCCAAUGAUUCUCUGGGAUUUAUGCUGCUUCUUGCUCUUAUCCUUCUAGCCACACAGCUUGUCUACCUCAAGCUGAUCUUUUUUGUUCACGAUCGCCGGAAAAUGAAGCCAGUUCAGUUUGUGGCAGCGGUGAGCCAGAACUGGACGUUUCAUGGUCCUGGAGCCAGUGGUCAAGCAGCUGCGAAUUGGCUGGCUGGAUUUGGAAGGGGUCCCACGCCACCAACCUUGCUGGGGAUCAGGCAAAAUGCUAACACCACAGGCAGGAGAAGGUUGCUUGUCUUGGAUGAGUUCAAAAUGGAAAAGCGCAUUAGUAGAAUGUUCUAUAUCAUGACAUUCCUUUUUCUAACCUUGUGGGGUCCCUAUUUGGUAGCCUGUUACUGGAGAGUUUUUGCGAGAGGGCCUGUGGUUCCAGGGGGAUUUCUAACGGCUGCUGUUUGGAUGAGUUUUGCCCAAGCUGGAAUCAAUCCUUUUGUCUGCAUUUUCUCCAACAGGGAGCUGAGGCGCUGUUUCAGCACAACCCUUCUUUACUGCAGAAAAUCCAGGUUACCAAGGGAACCUUACUGUGUUAUAUGAGGGAGCAUCAGUAAAUCUUUAGCCUUGUGAAAACACUACCCUUCUCUGCUAAGCAAUGGUGGCCUGUUGCCAUAUCUUGAGAAGAAGAAAAAAAAAUCAAGAAUGGGAUGUCAGCAGUUGUAAGGAUUUGGGCAACAACAUUCUGCAAUCUUUGCAAUAGCUCAUCUCUUAAUCCUAUCUUAAAACCUAAACUUGUUCCUGCUGAUCACUCAUGAAGGUUUGUAAUUAAAGAAUACAGGACUGAACCACUGCCCUAAAAAUGCUUUUGAUGUGGUUGAAAACUAGGGAAUGAUUCAGAGAGUAGCAGGUGCUAAAUAUAUCAGCACUAAAUGCUGUAUAUAUCACUACGUAAAAGUAAGACCAUCAUAAAAGAUUAGCAUUGGACAUCUGAAUCAGUUAAGUUUGACAUAUGAGGUUAAUGUGUUGAUGAAACUAAUUUUAAACACUGGAUGACCUUUAAAUCAUUUCAUACAAUUAUUAUUUUGCAAAGACUAACAUUUGGGGACUGUGUUCAAGUCCUGUAACUGAUGGGAGAUGUGCCAUGUAAUAUUGGAUUAUCACCCCCACUCUUUUUGCCUUGUGAGUUUUGGGGAGCAUUCCAAAGCAGUGUUUUCUUCUUCUUUUUUUGUUGUUCUGAUAAGACUUUAUUUUUCUCUGAGUCCAUUUUCCCCUUUUUAUUAUUAAAUGACUUUUUUCUUUCAGAAUGAAAAAAAAAAUACUGGUGUUUGUGUUCUGUGCUUUAUUUAAUUUUUUGGGGUCUGUUCUUCUAAUUUGCUAGAAUAUCUAUUGGAUACAUUUAUAUUUUUGAAAGCUAGAUAUCAGUCUGUUAGGCAACAUCAGUGAGAUUAUCCAAUCAUAACAACAGAGUAGUCAUUACACAGAAUAAACCACAUGUUGCCUUAAAGAGUUAUCUAGUAUCUUCCAUUUUGUUUAACAUUUUAGCAAAUAAGAAAAAGGAAACCGAAUCUGUCAACUCCAGUCUAUCAUUCGGGAGUGCAUGAAAGAUCACUUGACCCACCCACCCUCUUUCCUUUUUAUUCCCAGGAUUCUCCAAAUCAGUAGGCUUAUCAUUGGGAUGAUCUGAUUUUUUUUCUCUAGGUGUGUUGCCCAUUCUUGUUCGUUUCAAUAAACACAGGCAGUCAGUGUAUGUCUAUAUUUUAAGACAGCUGUCAUGGGAAGACCGCAGCCUUAGUAAGAUAUCUUGCACAAUUUGUGAAGCAUUUAUUCUACUGAAGGCACAGUCUUGUUUAUACUUUCUGCACAUUUUGGUGUAUUGGUUGUUUCCAAUUAUUUCAAUUUUAACUUGUGAAAGCAUAUAAUAUGAUUUCUAGUAUUUUAGAAAUACAUUAGAGUCUGUGAGUCUUUCCUUCUUUAAGAUACAGAUGUGUGGAUUUCAAUAUAAAGUUGCAUUUGCCAAAAUUUACCUGUGUAGCCUGUUAAUUUUCUUGGAAUAAAAUUUUACA